GCCAUCUCAUCAAUCCUAGUAUAGUUCAGAUUGAACGGCUGAGAUUGGAUUUCGAGAGUUGUACCGUUCUAUAGCUGGUUCGAAGCUUCACUGCUGCUAAAACCUCUCUCUCCUCUAAGAAACACGAAAAUCUCUGAAAGUCUUUUUGUUUGAAGAAGAUGACGCAUGUUGAAGAUGAUAAGGAAUUCAAGGAGAAACCUUUGGUUCAGGUUCUGAGCGACGACGACAGUGAAGUGAAGGAAGCCAAAGACGGAGGAGGUGAAGAAGUUACCGGCGGCGACGGUGAAGGAGAGGCUAAUGUAGAAGAGGAAGACGACGAAGCAGAAAAUGAAGACGAUGAUGAUGAUGAUGAUGAUGAUGAUGACGACGACGAGGACGAGGACGAUGAAGAAGGGGAGGAGGAUCUUGGGACAGAGUACCUAGUGAGGCCGGUUGGUGAGGUUGAAGAUGAGGAUGAUGCAAGUGAUUUUGACCCUGAGGAGAAUGGCUUGGAUGAAGAAGAAGGUGAUGAAGAGAUUGAAGAAGAUGAUGUUGAUGAGGACAUCAGCUUGAGUGCUGGCAAAUCUGAGCCUCUGUCCAAGAGGAAGAGGGUUGCUAAGGACCACAGUGAGCAAGGAGAUGUCACUGGUGAUAACAUUAGGCCUUCUAAACGGUAGUUCUUCUAACUUCGAACUGAUCUCAAUCCAAGAAGAAAGUCAGAAAUUGAUUCGAAUUCUCAGUAUUUUGAAUCAUUCGUUGGGUUGAUGUAGUUUUUAAUCUAAUGGUAGUAGUGUUGCUUAGAGCUUAAUGGAUUGUUGUUUCUUCUUUAUGUUCCUUGAGACUGCUUUCAAACAAGUUUAAGUAUUCAACGCUUUUCUUUUCAAGGGAAUAGUUUAGUUUCUC